AAAGGGCAGAAGACCUGGACUAUGGAACAUGUUAAAAAUACCUGGAUAUCGUAGACACUGGAAGACCUGAAUGUUAGAAGACCGGUACACUGGAGACGUUGGAAGACGUGGAUAUUGAGCCUGCUGUUGGAAGACUGAGUAUUUGUCGGAAGACAUGGAGGUGCUGGAAGACGUGGAGAUGCUGGAAGACAUGGAAAUGCUGGAAGACAAGAAGACGCUGGAAGCCCUGGAGAUGCUGGAAGACUUGGAGGUGUCAGAAGACAUGGAUUUUCUGGAAGACGUGGCUUUGUUGGAAGACGUAGAUUUUCUGGAAAAUGCAGCUAUGGUGGAAGACGUGGAUUUUCUGGAAGAUGCAGCUAUGGUGGAAGACGUGGACUUUCUGGAAGACACGGCUAUGUUGGAAGACAUGGACUUUCUGGAAGAUGCAGCUUUGGUGGAAGACGUGGAUUUUCUGGAAGAUGCAGCUUUGGUGGAAGGCAUGGAUUUUCUGGAAGACACAGCUUUGGUGGAAGACGUGGAUUUUCUGGAAGACACGAAUUUGAUGGAAGACACAACUUUGUUGGAAGACAAGGAUUUGCUGGAAGACAUGGAUUUUCUGGAAGCCAUGGAUUUGAUGGAAGACAUGGAUUUUCUGGAAGACUUGGAUAGGCUGGAAGACCUGGAGGUCAUUGGAAGACAUGGAUUUCCUGGAAGACAUGGCUUUUCUGGAAGACAUGGAUUUUCAGGAAGACCCGAAUUGUCCGGAAGACCUGGAUUAUUUGGAAGACAUAAAUUUGCUGGAAGACCAGGAGGUUACUGGAAGACACGAAUUUUCUGGAAGACAUUAAUCUCUAGGAAGACAUAAAUUUGCUGGAAGACUUGACUUUAGUGGAAGACGUCACUUUAUUGGAAGACCUGGAUUUAGUGGAAGACAUAGAUUUUUGUCUGGAAGACGUGGGUUGACCGGAAGACUGGAUUUGGUGGAAGACAUGGACUAGUUGGAAGAAUUGGAUUUUCUGGAAGAUCUGUAUUUGAUGGAAGACGUAGAUUUUUCUGGAAGACGUGAACUGGGUGGAAGACUUGGAUUUCUUUCCGGAAGACACAGAUUGACUGGAAGACCUGGAUUUUUUCCGGAAGACGUAAAUUAGCUGGAAGACUUAAAUUGGUGGAAGACAUAGAUUUUUCUGGAAGACGUGGAUUGGCUGGAAGAUCUUGA